AAGAUGUUUAUUCUUCAGUUUUCAACAUUUAGGCUCUUCAUUCAAGGCCGACCUGUAUUAUAGCCAACCUGUUUCCACUGUUUUCUUUCCUUAGAAAACAAAUUUGUCAAAACCACAGACUGUGGUCACACAAUGAAUCUCAUCUUAACCCAGAGAAAUGUCUGUAAAACUAGUUUAUACUGCAUUGUAUUGUAUGCGUUGAAAGAGAAAGAAGGGUGGGAACGUGACAGACAACGUUAUUGGCACAACUUUACUGAGCUACUGUAUGAUUGGUUAACGCUUUAGUGACUCGUUUGCCUUCAGGUGACUGCGUUGUUUAUUAGUUUGUCAUUAAAACGCUCCUAAAUUUCACAGACUCCACCACUCCACCCCAACAAAUCAAACGCGAUGGCAACUAACACCAGAAGCCAUGAAUCAGAAAAUAUAACAGAAACCGAUGGCAGGAUUCAAAGUGUGUAUCCAAAUCAAGAGUAUGAUAUGAGACACGCAAGGCGAGGAAUGGCUCUCAUCUUUAACCAGAAACAAUUCGAUUGGAAGCUCGGACUGAAAACCCGCAAUGGCACAGAUAAAGACAGAGACGACCUUGUUAGCAGAUUUCAAGAGCUGAAUUUUGAGGUGAAGGCUUAUAAUGAUUAUAGUCGGGAUGACGUUUUGUUGAAAAUUCAAGAAGCCUCUGCUGCUGAUCAUGUAGAUGCAGACUGUUUCGUCUGCAUCUUUUUAAGUCAUGGGGAAGAUGGCCAUGUUUAUGCCAAUGAUAAGAAGAUCGAAAUACCUGAAAUUACUGAUUUGUUCAAGGGGGAUAAAUGUCGUAGUCUUGUGGGUAAACCCAAGAUCUUCAUCUGGCAGGCUUGCCGUGGUGACAAACUGGAUGAUGCUGUGACUGAAAUGAGUGUGGAGGAUGUUGAAAUGGCUGUAGAUGCAGGAGUGCUUUACACCCUUCCAGCAGGAGCAGAUUUCAUUAUGUGUUACUCAACAGCUGAAGGAUUUUGCUCUUUUCGUGAGCCCUUGAAUGGCUCAUGGUACAUUCAGGAUCUGUGUGAAAUCUUGGGGCGUUAUCAUUCAGAGCUACAGUUCACUGACAUCCUGACGCUUGUUAACAUGAAAGUUUCAUUGCGCUCUGUACCAAACUGCAGGAAUCGCGCUGCUAUUGGCAAAAAACAGAUGCCUUGCUUUGCGUCCAUGCUCACAAAGAGGCUGUUUUUCAGAGACAAUACUCAGAUCCAAUAGUGUUUUUUACUCCAUGGCAAUUUCAAAUUCAGGGAUUUUUUCAUUUUCUUUUGGUGGGUUUGAUUUUGCCAAUUAAGAUGUGAUCCUGGAACGUCAUUUCUGUUUUAAAAUCUUAUCCUUACCCUUAAACCUAACUAAAUAAGUCCACAAAUCUGAGUAUUUUGAUAUGACAUAGACUACAUAUUUUAAGAGGCAUUAAGCUUUUUUUUUAUUGUGUAAUAACAUAUCUUUUGACCUGUUGUUAUGUUUUUAUUGUUUUUUUCCAGUUUUGUUGUACAUUGCACUUGUUUUGUAAAGCCUAAAAAUAAAGUGUGAUCUUUUCCUA